GCGUCACUUCCCGCGCGCCGCACUCGCAACGCGCUGCGGGUGGCACCGAGGCGGCAGCGGCCUGGCGGCAGCCAGUCUCCAAAACCCACCAUGGAUUAUCUCUCUAAACCCGGGUACCUCACUGUCAUUGCCGGAGUCGCGUGCGGAAUGUGCCUGGGAUGGGGCAUUCGCGGGAGGCUCUUACGGCAUUCCAAAGCCAGAUCGACUGCGGCUGCGGGCAACCUGGGGAGUGAAGCAAACAUCAUGGGAGAGUCCGGGGAGUUCAAGAUGGUGCUGAUCGUCCGCAAUGAUUUGAAGAUGGGAAAGGGUAAAGUAGCAGCACAGUGUUCCCAUGCUGCUGUCUCCGCCUACAAGCAAGUUCAGAGAAGAAACCCUGAACUCCUGAAACAGUGGGAGUACUGCGGGCAGCCUAAGGUGGUCCUCAGAGCUCCGGAUGAAGAGACUCUGAUCCAACUCCUGGCUGAUGCUAAACAGCUCGGACUGACCGUGAGCUUAAUACAAGACGCCGGUCGUACUCAGAUAGCUCCAGGCUCCCAGACAGUCCUUGGUAUCGGACCGGGACCAGCUGAUGUAGUAGAUAAAGUUUCUGGUCACCUGAAACUCUUCUAAACCAGGGACCAAAGGAAGCUGAAUGAGUUGAUGUGUAUCGGUACUGAAGGGAUAAACCCCCAAGUUGGGGGAUUUUUCCAUAUAUUCUCUCAGUAUGAAUAAAGUUAUCAGCUUUUUGUAAAA